CGGCGGGUGAGAGAGUAGUGUAGUGCGCAUGCGUACGUAACCACGAACGAACUGUCAAAUCUCGAACACACGUAAAUAAAAACAAGUGAAUGAUUCUGUGCCCAAAUUGUGUUUUCUUUUGUUUAAAAACUUUAUACGAAAAAGUAAAAAAAAUUGUGACUCUAAUUUAGAGUAUUUCGGUGAUAAAUUGUGCAACAAAUUUGCGAAUGUAUAAAAAGUAAUGAGGCAGAAGCACUGAGUACAGGCGAGAAAAUGCAUUUACAAACAGUUUUAACGCUAGGCGCCAUACUAAUAUGUGAUGCAAAACUACCAAGAAAACAAUACUUCCAUCAACCAAAUGAAUUAUCACCAAAUCCCUCACAAAACUCACAAGCUUUACGUCCAUUACAAGUAGAAUCUAAAAAUGAAAAGACUAGUCGAAUAGUCAAUCAGUACAAAAGAAAUCGACGAGAAAUACUGUCUUCAGUGUUCGAUUCAGAAUCUUACGAAUCGAGCUUAACAUGGGCGCAUUCGGAAAGAUUAGACGUAAAUGGUGAUGUAGUUCUUCGAUGGGUGAAUUCAGAUACUAGUAUAACAUUUAGACUAGAAGCAAGAACGCGAGGUUAUGUUGGGAUAGGAUUUAAUUCUGCGCGGAAUAUGAGAGGUGCAGAUUUGGUUGUCGCUUGGGUGGACGACAGGAAUGGCAACGCUCGAGUUUUGGACUGUCAUGGACUGGCGUUCGACGACAGAGCGGUGGCAGACGAGGUGCAAAACUAUGAGCUAGUUUCUGGAUAUCAGAAUGACACACAUACCACUGUGGAAUUCAGGAGGCACCUGGAUACUUGUGAUAGACAAGACUUUGUUAUUGGGGAUGACACAGUCCAAGUACUAUGGGCUUUAGGACCAGAUGGUUCCGAUGGAGAGCUGCCUACCCACGUUCAAAGCGGAUCCAGACCAUUGAGGCUCCUGCUGCCAGUAUCGAAGCCUGACUCUAUACCGCUUUGGCAUUGGGACGUCCGCUUAACGAAUCUUACUAUCCCGCAUGAUAUGGCAACGCUCUUCUGGUGUAAGAUCUUCAAAGCGCCCGAUCUUCAAAGAAAACAUCACAUCGUUGGCUACCAACCCUUAAUUGAUAGUCGACCAAUUAGAAACGGACGUCCAAUUAUAGAGCAGAAUACAGCCUCGCCAGUCCACCACAUGGUGCUAUACGAAUGUGCGGAAGACCCCGAUAAACAGUGGAACGAGUGGGCCGAAGGCGACGGCAGUUUUGGCCCCAAAAAACCUAGCGAAUGGUCCGCUUGUGUGACACCCAUCGCCGCUUGGGCAGUCGGGUCGAAAGGCGAAUUCCUGCCUGAAAACGUGGGCAUUCCGCUGGGUGAGAAGGCAGGCGUCUCCUACUAUAUGCUCGAGGUUCAUUACGACAACCAAGCUUUACAUGAAGUGCUGGAUAGCUCUGGAAUAAGAAUCCACUACACCCCAUCACUACGAGCCCAUGACGCAGCAUUACUCGGAGCCGGGAUUGGAAUUUCUGCCUUACACGUUAUCCCGCCUAAACAACGACAAUACAAAACAGUCGGAAUUUGCAGCCCGGAAUGUACUAACAGUACUAUGCCAGAAGAAGGAAUCAACAUCGUGUCUGUUCUUCUCCACGCUCACGGAACAGCGAGAAAGAUUUCUUUGAAGCAUGUUAGGGGCAACCAAGAAUUACCCAGGAUCUCGGAGGAAAAUUCCUACGACGCAAGGUACCAGCAAUCUCGUGUCGUUCCUGGCGGCAGGAAGUUCUACAAAGGAGACACUUUGAUCACAGAAUGUACUUACGACAGUACUUCGCGUGAGAAACCCAUAUUGGGUGGAUACUCCGCAUCUCAGGAAAUGUGCCUUUCAUUCAUUUUGUACUACCCUCGUACGGAGCUCGCUGGGUGCUACUCCAUGACUCCUGUUAAAGAAUUUUUUGAAACCUUCGGCGUCAGAGAAUUCUACGGUCUCAGCAUUUUGCAAGUUGAGAACAUUUUCCUAUCUAAUGGAAAUCUAGACAAUCUGCUACCUUCGCAAUUAGACUCUGAAAUGAGAAGAAACCCUGAAGAAGGUGCAAUGCAGGGCGACGAUCAAGGUGUUGGAUUAAUGAAGGAGCUGAUAAUUCGUGAACCACCGGAGUUCCGCAACAAAACGUUCAUGGCCCAUCUAAACGAGAUGCCUUGGUCGGAGCCACUGCUCACUGAGAAGAUCGAGAUUUCAUUCUACAAGGGCAUGCACAUGACAUUCUGUAAAAACCGCGAUGAUACUUGGGGAGCACCUAUUCAAAUCAUUACUUUCCCGAACUACACGGAGAUCAUAAACAACGACACCGUCGAAAAAUCUUGUCACUACAAGAACAUCGACGGUAUACCGUCGGUAACAAUGGCUGCAGCACAUACAAGCAAAAUCAUUUUCAACUCCGCCAUCAUGGCUGUCAGCGCGAUGGUCAUUAUUGCGCGGUAAAACACUUUAAAAAGUACAGAAGCCAAUGAAUGUUGUUGUUUUUAACGUUUUGUGUUAUCUUUCGUUUGAAUGCGAGUUUGUUUUUUCGUAUUUUAUAAAUGAACCAAAUUGCAAUUAUGGUGUAUUAUAACGGAUCAACAAAAGCCAUUGUUUAACGUUUUUUCUUAUUACCAAUCUUAUUUUUCUUUUGAAACUAUUACUUUUGUAGCGUUACUUUUUUCCCUGAUUUCUUCAUCUUAUUUUCAAGCAUCGAAUUUUUUGUUGUAGGUACCGUUGUCUAUCAGUGUCAUGGAAAAUUUAUACCGAAAUUCUGUAUCGAAACUCUGAUUUUUCAUAUGAGCCCGACCGUGACGUAUUUAAAUAAAAAUAUUUUACUAAUAUUGUUACAGAAAGAGUGUACCUUUGAAUACACAUACUUGAAAAGCUUACGUAGAAGUAUUUCAUAAUUUUAUCGUGUACUUUUUUAUAUUUCUUAGCGUAUCUUAAUACUUUCCAUGUAUAUUUAUCCCAAACACUAUAGUAUGAAAACCAACGCUUCACUGUACCUUUUUAAAUAACGAAAUGUACAGUACAUAGUAGCCUAAAACGAGUUAGUGAUUUUAUGUACUUAUGACGAACGUAUUGUGAUUGAUAGUAUGAUAAUAAACAAGAACAUGCGUUAUAAAGUUAUAUAAGCAACAAUUAUGCGACAACAGUGCCUGUGCCGUUGUGCCUUGCUUUGAGAAAAUGCAUAAUGAAGCUUUGUGUUUGCAUCCCAUUAGGGGUAAUGAAAAUUAAAUUUUGUUAUACCCUUUCCAAUAUUAGGGUAUCUUACAUUAAGUGUAAAACUACUUGUCCAUAUACAUUCUUAAUGUUUAUAAAAGCGUCUUGAGGAUACUAAAAAA